GCAAUUGCGAAGCAUAUUAAGGUAUCUUGUUACGUAUGCUCAUAAAGUCAUGACCAUUGCACUUUGUACGUGCAUCUGCUUCUUUCAAGAGUCGCCACUAAAUCAAAUCACAUCAAAUCAAACUCCCUACUCAGUCUCUUUAAACAAUAAUAAUUGAAUUUAUAUGUGGCGUGAAAAUUAAAUCAAAAUGCGAGCCCAUUAGUCGACGACCACUGCGAGACCAGCACAACGCAAAACAAAAUAACCACACCAAACAACCCUAUACUAAAAUAACGAAGGAGACGGUCAACGAACAUUCAAAACCAGAUUCUCGAGUGUGGGCGAAAUUAGUAACAACCUUUUAGUAGAUGUGAGAUGCUCGCUCCGAGCUGCCUAUUAGAGGUGGAUAGAAAAGCAUUUAUCGGUUGAAAAAAAGAAUAAUCCUAGUUGCAAAAAAAAAGAAAACAAUAAUAAAAAAUAACCUGCAUUCAAAAUGAAAUACUAUUUAAUUAUACUUGUUUUUGUGGGACUGCUAGCAAACAACAAUUCAAUUGCUCAGAGAUCCGUCGGUGGAAGAGGGAUCUUACGGCGAAAUUAUACCGGAAAAAAGCCAGUGUUAAUUCAGCACCGCACACAAGACGCAGUGAAUUAUUACGACCAUGAGAAUGGUGCAAAAAUUAUAAAAUCCUCUCAUUUUGAAUUAGACUACACACUUGGCAGGAAAAUUACAUUUUUCUGUAUGGCACAGGGACAACCAAGGCCUACAAUAACUUGGUUCAAGGAUGGGGCUGAGCUUUACCAGCAUCGAUUCUUUCAGGUACAUGAAUCCAUGGUUGAUAGUGACAUAAUAAAAUCGAAAAUGGAAAUAGACCCAACAACCCAAAUGGAUGCAGGAUAUUAUGAGUGCCAAGCCGAUAAUAUCUACGCCAUUGAUCGGAGAGGAUUUCGAACUGAUUACGUGAUGAUUAAUUUUUAAUUUUUGUAAUACAAUGUAGAGAUUCAAUUAGAUAGCAAUUUAAUGCUUAAAGAUAAACGAAAACCAAAUUAAA